AAGAAUCUACUUGGCCUUUAUCUGAACCUACUCCUUUAAAAAGACGUUUCGAUGAAAUAUUUGCUGCAACAAGAUUACUGAAUUACGAAAAAAAAGAGUUCUUUGAAAGAGAUGGUAAAUAUGAAUCUGAUGAAAAAUUGAAGAUUAGACAAGAUUAUGCAAAUAAAAUUCAUACUCAAGAUACUGAUCGAAAAAGCUUUGAGAGGCUGAAGGGGCAAUUACAAGCUGAACAAAAUAUUAAUAAUCAACGAAUCGAAAAUCUUGAAAAUUUGGUUCGAGAGAUUAGUAGAAAAUUUAAUUUUAGAGCAUUUUUAACUGCUCCAUUGACUGCCACGAAUUUGCAAAGAAUUAAAGAUAUACUUCAAACUGAAUUAGAUGAAAAAAUAAUGCUCUUACCAAACAAAGGUGUUUUAUAA